CGACAAACUUCCAAAAUCCUAACCCCAAAAAAAAGCUAUCCGUCAACAUGGCAGGGCAGAUCUUGCAUGUUAAAAGCCUUUCAUUGUCUCUCUUUCACUCUGUGUGUACGUACGUCUCUCUCUCUCUCUCUCUGUGUGUGUGUGUGUGUACGUACGUACGUAUAUUGACCAUGGCUGAACCGAGCUAUAGCUGUGCACCAGUUUCUGUGAUAGGGUCUCAGUUCAUGGCACCAUUUCAACUCGAUGUUAUAGUUGAUACAACUUUACGUGGAAACAUUGUGAUCACUGAUAUGAACCAUAAAAUCCUGCUCAAAGUGAAACCAUGCGACACAUCCUUUCGUCAUCAAAGAGUGCUUGUUGACGCUGAUGACAAACCCAUCGCAAUGAUCCGUGAAAAGUUGAUGACUCUACACGGUCGAUGGAGUGUAUUCAGGGGUGAAAGUGAAAGUAAUUCGGAUAUAAUAUUUAGCGCAAAAAUACAUAACUUGAUCCAGUUUAAGACUGGUGUUGAUGUAUUCUUGGAAAACAAAACCAGUUGUGCCGAUGUUUGUGAUUUUAAGAUGAAAGGAAGUUGGUCGAACAGAAACUGCACUAUUUUUGUGGGAGGUACUUCUACACCAAUAGCCCAGAUGUCUAAAAUGCAAUCAUCGAAGAAUAUGAAGUGGGUUGAGGGCAAAUUCAUGGUGACCAUUUAUCCCAAGGUGGAUUAUGCGUUUGUGGUCACACUUAUAGCGAUUGUUGAGGCUAUGAAAAUGAUAAAAUCUGACAAAAAAAAACACCUUUUGAAGCAACUAGUUGGCGGUGAUUUGCUUCUCGUCAGCCACCACAGCGACAACCAGGUUAUCUUUUUGCCGACCACCUCAGAGAAUACUAGUUUCACCGUCAGCCUGCACUCCUUUGCUUCCGGUGACCUCUUGAUUCCUUCUACUGCUUUCGUCGACCUCAUUCCCCUGAAAUUGUAG